GAGUGUCGGCGCUGACGUCACGGCCCUACAUUGAGAGCUCGAGCUGAAUUGUAAGCGCGAGCGUCAGACGGAGGCGCGCCGAGGAGAAGGACGGAGCUAGGAUGAGCAGAUCCUGGGAGCCCGCUGCUUUCUGAGGGAAAAUACGACUCCAUUUUUACUCAUUUCCGGGUGAUUUCUUCUUUUCGGCGACGCAAACAAACACACGGAACACUUUGGAGAGUCUGUCCGUCGCUACGGGGUUCCAGCAUGUCCUCCGCGGCGGUUGCUGCCUCGAGAAGGCAGUCGUGCUAUCUGUGCGACCUGCCCCGCAUGCCGUGGGCGAUGAUCUGGGAUUUUACCGAGGCCGUGUGCCGCGGAUGCGUGAACUACGAGGGUGCUGACCGGAUUGAGUUUGUUAUCGAGACCGCUCGGCAGCUGAAGAGAGCCCACGGCUUCCAGGAUGGCCGCUCUCCGGGCCCGGGGAAGCCCCAGCACGGCGGGAAGGAGAUGAACCACUCGGCCGGAGAGCCGGGCUCCCGUCCCCCGCAGCCUUUGGACAGAUACCCGCUGACAGAGCGGCCGCCCCGCCUCGGCCCGGAGUACCAGGCGGGGAGGCAGGCCAACGGCCUCCCGGUACCGAACGGAUUUCCAAAACCGGACGAACCUCCUGAGCUGAACCGCCAGAGCCCCAACCCCCGCAGGACUAGCGCGGUUCCUCCCAGCCUGGUGCCUCUGGUGAACGGCGGCAUACCCGCCGGACACCCGCUCAACGGCCGCCCGGGUCAGAUGGGUCUGCCCGGGGUUCUGUCUGCACCGGGCCCAGGGGACCACGGGAAGGACCUGAAAGACAAACACAGGCCGGACAGCCUGCAGGACAUGUCGGACAGCCACAAGGAGUGGAUGGGUAAAGGUAAAACCGUCAGGGACCUGAUGGCGCUGCACACCUUCGACUCCAGGUUUAAGAAGGAGCACGCGGCCAUGCAGCAAAGAGUCAUGGGAUACGACACGAGCGCCACUUCCUCAAAGACAGUUCUGCUUCAGAGCACACCACUGGAGCGGUGCCCCCUGGUGGGCUCCAACGUGCCCUGGGCCUUCAUGCAGGGGGAAAUAGCCACCAUCUUGGCCGGAGACAUAAAGGUCAAAAAGGAGAGGGACCCAUAAAACCAGCUGUCUUCUCUGGAACUUUCUCCUUUUCUAACCCGACUACGGCAACAACAUCAGGACAAAACACCCGACAGACUCAACCAGCGGACAUGUACAUAUGGACACAAGGGAAGUGAACACUUGGUGAACAUGGCUGUAUAAUUUCUUAGAUUUUCUUUUUCAUGACGUUGUGUUUCUAUGAUUUUGAAGAUAAAGCUCUGUACUCGUCAGAACUCCCAUCAGCCCUUUCUCUCUCAGUGCGUUUACAUGCAGGCAGGAAAAGUCUCAAUAAUGUUCAACUACAACUGGACUCAGAAGUGGAUUUAGACCAGUACACCUAGAUAAUACAGACGGAUAUCUGUGCAUGCAUGCCCCAGAGUCGGUUCUGGAUCUGGGCUAGACAUUCUGCAGGUUCUUAGCCGGUCUCUGACCCAGAACUCUAGAAGAUGUCUCAUAGUCAUCAGCAUGGACCACAGAGCUAGCAUGGAUUAUUUCAGACUGUUCAGCUAGACCCUCAGACCACAACCCUGCUUCUGUAGUCCUGACUCCACAGACAUGACGUCUCACAGAAACCCAGGAUCAAACGAGACUUCAGAAAAAAAGACUAACAUGUAGGGGGGUCCAUGAUAUUUUGGAGCAAGCCUUGAAAAUCAUGUGGAGGUUAAAUCUGGCUAAAAAUCGGCUGUAAAAUUGUCUGGUGCAGAGGAUGUGGACUAGUCAG